GUGUUUUGCACGUCGGCCGGGAGUGUGCUUACCACGAGCCUGGAAUUUCGUGACUCAUUAGAACGUAAUUAAGUUUAACAAAGGCUAUCAGCAAGCUCUCAGAUUUCGACUUGGACGUCAUGGAUAAGGCCUACGAAAAAAAUGUUAUUGAUACGGUGUUACGGGUGGUACAUGAUAACGAACGCACCAACCUGAGCCAAAGCAUACGCGUCAGAGAAUAUCUUGAGAAAAAAGGGUUUUCUAUAACGUCGAACCAGGCGCCGGGUUCCACUAAUUCUGAUUCGUUCGCCCUUUGCUUGAUACAACACUCGGAAAAAUGCUAUGGGACGUCUCAUUUGAAAGAAGCUCUUUUGGCGCCUUUCGAUGAAACGAUUCAACUUCUCGGCGUAAUGUUUAACGAGGAUGAUCCCGUCGAUGCUAUUGCAAGCCUAAUUAAAUACCUCUGCAAAGAUAUGAAGUUGUUCAAAUCAGAGUACCGUACACCAAUCAUGGUAGUCAGAUGUUACGGCCUACUUGCCCAACCUACAAACUAUCUUUACAAAGAAGACCAAUGUAAACAGCUUCUAGAUGAAGAACCAGAAGAAACAAAUGCCGAGUGGUAUUACAUAUGGUACGAUAACGAACGUCAAGUGUUUCAGUCCAUUUACUCGAAGAAGUAUGAUAAUGACGAAUCAACUCAGAAACGAAACAGAAGUCCACCAGGGUAUACAGUGCGAAUGAUUAUCACGAUGCAGGAGCAACGGUUUUAUAUCGCCAAUGAAACGGUCAACAAUAGAGGCAAACUACUGAAGCAUUUGGACAAGCAUUGCAUCAGAUUGACGAAAAAUAACGAACAGAGCUUGCCACUAGUCGAAUCAUUCGUGCUGUGCUUGAUUCAGCACUCUUCAGGCAACUAUUGUUUAGCCAGCUUGGAUUAUCCACACGUUGCUGUUCGCUCAUUGAAACAUAUUUCUGAGUCGGGCUGGAACGCUUUCCGCGCCAAAAUCGAAGACUCUGCUGAAACGUUUGGGUUAAAAUCGAAUGAGAGUUUGAAGGAGAGUAUCAAAUGGAUUAUCCAACAACUUUGGAAACGGUUUGAAUGUUGCAAGGUAAGCAUUUUAAUUGACGAAACUUCUACUCAAAAGUUUGCCGUUGUCGUCUUUGGUUCACAUUCGACAUGCUAUGUCGUGUAUGAAGACAAAGAAUUCAAAUUUGUUAACGCUUUAAAAGAAGAUUCGACACCCUUUUACGUAUGGUUUGACGAAUCAGAGAAGGUCUUCGAGGCAUUGGCGCCUCUAGUUUCCAUGUAUCAGAAUGAAAAAGCAAGUGCCAGCCUUUACUGGAACGAUCUGAUCAACCGUUUUGAACGCAGCUUCAUUCAGUUUUUGAAGAAAAGGUUCCUCUCAUGUUCGAGCUCUUCCGAAGUUGAAAAAUCAUUCGACGACUUGAACGAAUACCUUAAAGAGACGCAAGACUACUCAUUGUUCUCAAUUCAACAAGUGUUUGCACGAUGGGGCUCGAACAAAGAAUCGCUUCGUUCAGAUUGCCUCAGAAACGAUUACAUAAAGGUGUGUUGGAGAAACUGCCCAGAAUUACGGGCUGUUUUCGCCUGCAUGGAAGAGUGUCUCAAGACUUUGGAUCACGAUAUAGCGACGAGCUGGUGCAAGGAGCUGUGGAACUUCAUACUUGAGGCAAUCGCCAGACAAGUGGAUCUGGAAUUUGCCAUGAGAAACAGGAAGAUUGAGAUGGGCCGCAGGAGAGGACGGUCCAAGAUCGACAUGGCCAAAGAAAAGGUGGAACAGUUGCAGCAUGAAAUUGAAUCUGCCGGGAAGCGGAUGGCACAAAAACAAAUGGAGAAUAAGAUGCUGCAAGAGAAAUUGGAAGUACUCGCCUGUAAUCAGCUGAUUGUUGAUAUUGGAAGCGUCGACUACGUUCCAGAUUACCAACUCGUACUCGAAGGAAGCGGCCACAAGUUUUUUCAACUGGAAAAUGGCCUUGAGCUUGCUGAAACAUUAUCCAAAGCUGUCCAGCGGACCAGCGCAUCGUCGCAACACCUUAAAAACUAUGUGAAAAAAAGAGGAGCCGACAAGAUUUUGGGGCAGUUACGUUCGGCUUUGAAUGAAGUCGUCGGUAAAAAACCCUCUGAUAGUUGGGUCAACGAUCGCAAGUGGCGCGUCGAGGGACCAGCCCUAGUUUUGAGCCAAGUCGUGACUCUGCUCAAACAGAAGGGUGUUCUCUCUGGAGGAAGAUGUCAAGAAGUAACGAUCGAAGCCGAAAGAGUUCUUUACAUCGACUCGGACUGGGUCACGCCCGGCGUCAGUUUUACGAUUGUGGCUCCAUUAGUUAGCGUAGUCAGUUCCGAGAGUCGAAUGAAAAGGGUGAUAAACACGUCCGGUAUGGAUGGCAAACCGCACGAUUUGGAAAAAGCUAACGAUGGGAAAGGCGGCGGAGUGGACGGAAGUGAUGGUCUUGAUGGCGAAGACGGCCAGGACGCUGGAAACAUAACCAUCGACUGCCUCUCAAUCGAGAAUCAUGACAUGUUGAAACUGGUUGCUAAAGGUGGAAAUGGAUCAGACGGCCAGAGCGGUGGAGAUGGAAAGAAUGGAAAUAACGGAGAAGACGGCGCAAACGGCUCGUUUACAUCGGAGGAAGAGGAAAAGAGUGACACUUUUUCAUUUGGACGAUUUCGUGACCUUUCACCAAUAAAAAUACACAGUGGCAGCUCAGGAUCAAACGGCCAGGCAGGCGGUUCGGGCGGAAAAGCAGGAUGCAGGGGGAUAGGAGGACAGGGAGGUGAAAUAACAAUCACCGCUAAAACCAGUGCGCUGUCUAGAAUUGAAAAAAUGGAUUCUAAAGGAGCCACAGGAAAACAAGGAACACCCGGUAAAGGCGGAGACUGUGGGAGAGGUGGCCGGCACGGCAAGGAUGCUGUUUACUACUUCGAAGCGGACGAUCCAAACCCUUGGGCUUUUUUUACUGGUGACUGGAAAAAGCAUUUGGGUUCCAGAGACGAUUUCGUGAAGCAGUGGUGCAGUGGAUUGAUCGGCUCAGACAGUUGUAUCGGCUACGAGCGCCGUGGGAACUCGGAUCCUAAAUGGGCUUCUGAUGGAAAACGAGGGAGAGAAGGAGAGAGGGCCAAUCAGCGACAGAAUGAAAAUAGCCGGACGCGCAACUCGGGUUCGCUUCGGCAACGGGAGCGUUCCAGCAACACUCAAUCAAAUCAGACGGAAAUGGAACAGGUGAUUGCAGCUCAACGUAUGAACCAGGAGAAAAUACAACGCGAAAGCCAAACUCUUUCUCGGUGCACUGCCGCACUCGAUUCACAGAAAAAAAGGAUCUCGAGCGUUCAACAAGAAAUCGAGCUGGCAAACCAGGAAAUCGCCGUAAACGAAACUACACGCCAACGAGUGAAAGUCAAGAUUCAAGAAAUGUUAGAGCAACACAUCGUUCAUCAGGUUGUUGUUCGUCAGAAUGUGACGAGACAAGCAAACUUGCAGUUUGAGAACGACCAUCAGCUGGGUCUUCAACAAAAACAGACGUCAAUUAACGUCAACCUAUUAACUUUGCGGGCAGGUUUUCGAAAUGAGUCAAACCCAGCAGAAUCAACUCAAAUACUCGAUAAUUUAUUAUUGUCUGACGGGAGCUCGUUAAGUAUCCAGCAUCGUUUAAAGUUAAUGAAUGCUACUCAAAUGUUUUAUUUGAAGUUGGGACCAAAUCGCCAAGAUUGCAACCGAGAAUGGUUAUUCAUUGGAAAGCUAAUAGAAAAGUACUCCAAUUCAGCUCAAGACCUGAUCGCCGGUCUCGAAUUCCUCGAAAUAAACCAAGGACUGAUGAUCAAACUUUUAGACAGGAAAACUAAUGGGAACCUCAUUGAAAUCUUGCGCGCCUUACUAGUUCCAAUCGAAACACAUGAAGAGGAUGUAAUUGGCACUUUGUUCGAGUUUGGUGUGCGUAACUUACCGUAUAACAAGUUAAAGGAGUUGCUCGGCCGCCUUGAGCUGCGAAUUUCGCCGAACGACGCCCAACUGCGGCUCGCUGUCGCUAUCCACUACCGAAUGCUCGGCCAAGUGACGAGAGAAAUUGCCAAUUUAUUUGGAGACGAUCGCAAAACUGCGUUCAGGUGUGCUGAUCUGCUUUUUCAAGUGUCCGAUUUGCAUUCGCUGCUCCUCAAUAUUAAAGAAACCGCCCAAAUGAGUGAUGGCGAUCUAACACCUUUUUAUUCAUCUUUCUUCGACGAACUUCAUGACGAACUCUCCAAAGUCAAAGCUGCCACAACAAUCUACCAAGCUGUCAGGCGUUUCGUCCGAAGAGACGACUUUUCCAACAUCCAAGUGAGUGAGGUAUGGAAGAUUGUUUUCCUUAUAAACGCAUUCCUACUUGAGGCCACUGAAAUGGAUGCAGUAAGACAAGGGAUACGCAACUCAAAAAUAAAAAAUCAAAACGCGAUAAUUUCACUUCUUGAGGAAUCGUUUCAAAAAAAUAUUUUGGAUCCUGGUUGGAAAGAAGUGAGACGGCUCUUGACCGAAAGAGAGAUGUUUAACACAGAAAGACUAAAGCGCAAGCUGGAAGAUGUUGAACGGGCUACCAGAAUGCCAUUGAGCCAAACGAGCUUCGAAGAGAAAUCAUGUGUCCUGGAACAGUUGAAAGAUGCUCUUGGAAACGAGAAAGAAAACGAAGCGUCAGUAUUCAAAUGGAUCAGCAACAAGGCAAGCUCAGUGGAACCAUUUGAUGGAUUCUUUUCUGGUUCAAGUAAAGAAUCGGAGGAGGCAAUAGUCGUGAACAUCGUUGAGAAGUUAGAUACUCGAACAGUGAAAAAACUGGUUGAAUUGAACUGCCGUCUAUCAACUCAUCGUAUUUCGUUUGAUGAUAAACAAGUUACCAAGUUGUGUUGCGCUAUCCAAAAAGACUUCCCAAGGAUCAUCCAGGAUUCAAGUUAUGAUUUGCAAUAUAGCCAGUCGACAUUCAGAUCGAACUGGAUGCAAUACCUCUUGAACAGAGUUGCAGAUGAACGAGCAAAAGUCGAUAGGUUGUCUGCGUGUGUGUUGAAAAAAUUUCAAGACACAAAAAACGAAAACGGGUCUCUUGCAUUGAUCCUUCGCAAAUAUGGGCUCUACACUAGCACUUUGGAGCCUUUUGAAGCCGGUAAAGCGUGGGAGCAACUGGACAAAAUCUCCCAAUUAAAAGAUGUUUUGCGUGAAGUUCGAAGCAAAUUGAAAGUAGCAGUAAAGAAGCUGUUAGAUGUCGUGCAAAAGGCAAUUCCAACACUGGAGGAUGCUUAUCGGAAAACAGCGAAUCCACCAUCCUGCGAUCAUGGUUGUGAAAUCAUUUCACUAGUGGAUCGUGUUCAACAUCUCGUUACUGGAUGUAAUGAAGUGACGCCCAAUAGCUCCUUAUUUCAAAAUGGAAAUUCUUUGGGCGAGUUGUUUAAUAUCAUGGACGCUAUCCGUUUACUGCUGAAUAUCACGGAGAUUGAUGCCACCAAAACAAAGCAAGUAUCAGACACGUACGACAAGGUAUGCAGCCUGAAGAACAUAUUCUACAAUUGGAAAACUAAGUCGAAAAUCCCACGAUACGGGGGCGGUCAAGAAGUCGUCCAAACUCACGACCGCCUAUUGAAUUCUCUAGCCGACGCAUUCUCGAUAAAUAGUGAAGACCUUGAAGAUUCCAGGCGAACAGUUUACGAUGAGAUUUCAAAUCACAUUGGUGAGAUCCGGACGUUCCACAACAAAGAUCUCGAACUCAUUGGCGAGCUUUCCAAGAUCUUUUCGGAUCCGCGUUCCGAAAUAGAUUUUUGUCGAUUCGUCGAGAGAACGUCUCCCAUCUACUUCUCUCUUUGUCCUAGUGGUCUAUCAAUCGAACGGAAAAUUCGCUUGUUUGAAGCCAUCCUUAGAGUUGUUGACAUUAAACAGCAGGAUCUCCGUGAGAAAAAUCUGAGCGGCCUUUUUGGUCUCACUUUGAAACGGGCGUUUGAACAGAACACGUGGCUGUACACAUCAAUCGCCCUCUUAAUCGGCGAUCUGUUAAAAAGUGAAUGGCAUCUUGCAACGUGGGAACAAGCGAAAUUGUGGAGCCAUUAUUUAAAAUUGAUCGCCGGGAAAUGCGAAAACGAAAACUUUGAAGAAGCAUGCGAGAUGUUGCUCUCUAUACAGCAACAUGUUCUCGAUUAUUGCCGGGCUUACUACGUUGAAAAUCUACUCAAGACCACUAAUAAAUCAGCUGACUCCGUCGAUUUGAACAUGAUGAAUCUGGCGUUCAACGAAGCCGUAAGUCUUACAACAGACGUCAUGCGAUUCGCAAAUGCGACUAGCUCCUCCGAUUCACACAGAUGGACCGUCAGCCAAGUUAUGGCUCGCCAAAAGGUUCUGGAUGCGAUCGUUCGUCUCGGAUCAUCAAAGUCCAGUUCCUGGCCCGAAAACACUGUAAUAGACCAUCUGCUCCGCCAGUGUAAUCUUUGGAACUACAGCAACACAAAGUUUAAAGCAGUUAUCUCGACAGCUUUCAAAGGAGACACGAACUCAGAAACCCGACGUCGUAAAACUUUCGUCAAGCGUUUAAUUUCAUUGCGGCACGUUGAGUGGACGGAGAAGCUACUCGCCGAAUUGAAUUCGCUUUUGAACAAGUCAUACCAGGAAUUAUCCGUUGUAGUUGGCUAUGAUGUUUUCACAGAAGAAGAGAGGUCUUUCGUUAAUCUAAUUGACAACGACGAGGCAGUCCUGCACAUCCUGAAAAGCGAGUACCCAUCGUGCUAUCUGAACUCUCUGCAAAAUUUUGCAAUCAAACGAGCUCUCGAGUCUUUUGUGCGCUGUUUCCUGCCCAGCUUCGCCGGGAUAAGCCUGAAUCAAGAGGCAGAUUUCGAAAAAAAGAUGACCGAUGAAGCUCAACUCUGGCGUAUUGCAAAGACAUUUUUAUCUAAAAAGAAAGCGGAAGGAACAUUGAGAGAUUGGGUUGUCUGGUUUAAUGACGUUUUCAUCGUUUCGUUGAACUCGUAUCCAUCGGAUUCAGGGCUUACACUGAAUCAAGUGUCAAACUUCCUUGACGAUGCCGCCAAUUCUAACUUGGAACUAUGCCGUCUUAUCACAACGACAUGCCGACCGCAUUAUUGGACUCGUUUCCUUGCCGUUUACACCGUAAAAAAUUCGACCUUUCGUCUGGGAUUGGGCGAAGCAGAAGACGCCGAUGCGAUCGUCAGGGACCUCGUCGCGUUUUUAAUGCGGAUUACAAGUGAAACUGGUAGUGUACUAAUUCGUUGCUUACGAGAAAAAAUUUUAGCGGAAUCGGAAACAGCUCGAACAGCCGAUUUGGUUUAUAUAGUCCGGAGCGUGGCCUCCGGGCUGAACGAAAUCUCGGAGCUCAAUUCAAAUAUUUUUGAAGAGAAACAAUUGGUUGCUAGAUUCGUGAACGCUGUUUUGAAAGAGUGGCCAAAAGCCUGUCGUUUAGCGCGUUUCGCUUCCAAGUGGGCUUCUGAAGGACUUGGAUUUCUUCGUACGCAGAAGGUGUUGAGCAUUUUCGAUAUCGAACUUGGACAGGAGCGCGCAGAUCGUCUGUUGGAUCGCGCACAGCGCUGCCAGCGGAACAACUUGUCUUUCACAUCGUUGCUCGAAAAAAUUGCCGAUAACUUGAUUCGUUUUCCCUGGAUUAGGGAACAAUGCAUUAAGCUGGCUUCUUCGGACGUCACAGAAGAUGAAAACGCGCUUUGGGCAUCGGUGAUUGACAUCGAAAACAAGGCGAAAUCAACGCAAAACAAGGAGCUGACUAUCAACGAUAUUCUUACAAUCCUGAGCAACGAUCCCGACUCGAAGCUGAUGAUGAACGAUGCGGCAAAACGAGCAGAAAUUCAGGACUUUGUUCAGCGAGCCAACGAUAGCUACAAAAUCGCGUACAGCACCUGGGACGAGAAGAAGAUCACACAGUGGGCAGCGAAAGAGAAGAAGGGUUCCGAAGGCAAACCAUUGCAAGUGCAUGAAUUUCUUGCAGUAGCUUCUCGAGCAGUGGAGCUGAAGAAAGGUUACAAACCACGAGACGUCCAGAUGUUGGCUGUUAUACUGUUUGUGACGGGCGAGGAUAGCGGGAGCAAAAAAAUCAAACGAAUGGCUCAGAUCUCAACAGGCGAAGGAAAAACUUUGAUAACAGCUCUGCUCGCCAUUUAUCACGUCCUGCGUCAUUGGAACAGCUAUAGGCAUGUCAACGUGAUCACGAGCUCGUCGGUGCUGGCUGAAGCGAGCGUCAACGAAAUCCAGUACCUUUAUGACCAGUUCGGGGUGAGCUUGAGCAACAAUUGCGACUUGGCCUGUUCAAAAGACGACAAACUCCGCAAAGAGCGCUACAACUCAGACGUAAUUUACGGUGAUUUACCCAGUUUCAUGCGAGACAUUCUUCUCACUCGCUUUUUCAACAAGAAAAUAACACGAGGCAGAGAACCUGGCGCUAUUAUAGUUGAUGAAGUAGAUUCCAUGCUCUUGGACAAAGGCGAAAGCGUGUUGUACCUAUCGCACAACAUCCCAGAAAUGUAUCACUUGCGCCAACUCUUUGUCGAAAUAGCUGGAACAGUUAACGCGCCCGACGUGCAGGAUUUGGCCGAAUCGAGAGACAUCGUUGCUGAAGUUCAAAGGUUCAUCGAGCCAAGGAUCAACGAUUCAGACAUCGCCGUGCCCAAUUGUCUAAAAGGAUACGUCAAACAUCAUUUGCCGACUUGGAUCAGAAGCGCAUUGAGAGCCGCAUACCUUUUGAACGUGAAAGACUCGUACAAGAUCGAUGACAUCGGUGAUGGGAAAGGAAGACAGGUGAUCAUCAUGGACAAAGAAACGGGCGUUGAGCAAAUCCAGAUGGAGUGGUCGGACGGUCUUCAUCCCGCUCUUCAGUUGAAGCACGGCCUCAAAUGGACCCCCACCGCCUUGAAAGCAGUUUUCAUGUCGAACAUAGGCUACUUCACCGAAUUCAAAGGCCGGUUUUACGGAGUAACCGGGACAUUAGGCUCGGCAGCCGAAUGCGAUCUUUUGCGCGACGUUUUCGGCGUAGAUUUCUUCCGGAUGCCCAGGUAUAAGCAGCGCUUCUGCAUCCACCACGGUCCGCUCGUUGCAAGCAAUGAAGAGGAGUGGCUCCAAAAUAUGAAGAAGGCUGUUGAAGAGGUGACCAAGCCCCCAGAACCUCGUGCUGCCCUUAUCAUCUGCGAAAACAUUGUUUCAGCUGAACGCAUUCACGCUGCGCUCUCGAAAACCUCGCAGCCAAAGGAAUACAAAGUUAAUAUGUACACCAGCGCUUUUGACAAGGAUUUCCUGAAAAUGCAACACGAAGACGAAGUCGGCCCGGGACAAGUGAUUGUUGCCACAAACCUUGCAGGCAGAGGAACAGACUUCAAGCUGAGCAAACAAUUGGAGGAAAAUGGCGGACUUCACGUCAUCAUCAGCUACGUUCCACCUAAUGCUCGAGUUGAAGCUCAAGCUCAAGGACGGACAGCUCGAGCUGGACAGCCCGGCAGCUACCAAUUCGUGAUUCAAAAGGGAUCUGCUCAAGUGCCCGACAAACCAGAAUCAACCGACCCCUACGCUGAGCUGUGCGCAUUUAAGAUCGCCCGCGACGACGAGGAGCGAUCCCGGCUGGAAGAUCUGCACCUCAAAGCAGUUCCAAAAAUCAAACUCGAAGAAUCCCUUUUUGAGCGUUUCUAUCGUGAGUGCAUCAAGCCGUUGAGAGAUUGUAGCACACCUGAUGAAACUGUUGUAACGAGCCAAACUGAGGAGACAGAUAUCAAGAUAAACUGUUUGAACAACCGAUGGGCCCUGUGGCUCGACGACAAUGAAACACUGAUAGAGCGUGCUCAUAGUGAUCGGCUGCUGUUCGAGAGUCUCAACGAGGCCUUCGAAAGCUUCAUCUCGAGUGUACGCAACACCCGCUGGUCGAGCCUAGAAACUCUGGCGCAGACCCCCAGCGAGCUAAUGUGCGUAGCUCGUUUUUACGAAAACCAUCCGAAGGUUUACAAAAACUACCCGGAGAGAGCAAUAAAUUGCUUUAAGAAGAUCGCCACCGAAGAGCCUCAGUUCUGCGAAAACGCUCUCCUAGAAAACGUUCGGCUGAUGCUGUUGGACAAAGCAGGCUACUACAAGAAGAGGGAGGCAAAGAAACUUCUCGUUAAAGCAAAGAAAAUGAUCAAUUCUAGGAUCGACAUUCUCUUCGGGCUCAACCAGGUCGUUAACACCGUCCGGCAGAAGACGAGUUCCGGUCCCGAUCCUGUCGAGCACUUUUCGUUUGAAGAGCAAACUAGCAAUCUAAUCCGCUUGCUUCAAGUGCACUUAUCCUCCGUCAGUUCAUUGCUCGGGGUACCUUUAACAGACUCUCUGUCCAGUCAGUUCCACUCGGAAGAAAAGAAUGACGAACCGUUGAACAAAGUAAUUGAUUUUCUAGCCAGAAACUGCAACUAUCACAAACCCUUGCGCUACUCGAGAAAGAUGAAAAUAAUCAACGAAGCAAAAACAAAAGAACUGCAAAUCAGUGGAUCAGCCGUUAAGUGGCCAACGUUUUUGAGCCACUGCCAAACAGAGCUAGUCGAGUGGUUUGCUGCCAGAGUGCAAAAAAGGUCGGGUGUAUCAAGUGCAACUUGGUUGCUAUCAAGUUUGGAAACGAAGAUCGCCGAAAGCGAAAAAUGCCUGUGGAAUCAGCUAAUCGAAAACGGUUACAUCGACAAGGGCCGGUCGGCCAGUUCUUACACCAUCAAAGCAGACAACUCGCUGGAGCCAAAGCUACUCGAAAAAUUCGUCGAGUACAAGCGAAUCCUUCCUGGCUGGCUAGCGUUCCAUGACGACGAGGAUUUUGACGAAGUCUCUUCGACGUUAGGCAUCACGAAUGACGACCCCCUUGGACAGUCCAUUAAACUAAGCACCAUUAAAGAUCUGCUGAUUGACAACAAGUUGCUACUCAAAUCUGACCGACCCGUUCACAGAAUAUUAAAGAACAUCCCUUCAGUACAAGAAAAUGUUGAAGCCUAUCUCGUGCCAGGAGUACCGCUUGUUUCAUGCGCCGACGUAUUGGCCGCCUGGUUCCCUUCAACGGCGUACCAAGAGGGUCAAAGAGUUGAGCAACCCGAUUUUGAUGGUCGCAAAACGAAAUUGGCUGAUCAGUUUAAAAAUUACUUUAUCGACAUUGGUAUCUUAAAGCAGCCCGCUAUCAUGUUUCCAUUCCCAUCAGCAAAUCGCUCAAAAGAAGAUAUCGAUUCUGAUUUAGAGCGGAUGAAGAAUUCCUUCAAAUCUCAAAAAGGUUUCGACGAUUUGGCAACGACUUUGUACAAAGAGAAAGAAAAAGACAACGGAAAACGACGGGAUCUCCUGGCUGAACGUUUGAUGAUGGCGGUAAGAGAGCACCUUGGUCAAUUGAAGAUGUUCGCCCAAAUGAAAUCUUCAUUCACCUACUUGUACGACAACCUACCACCGACUUCAGUGAACCCUGCUGACGAGUUGCAACAGUUCGACGCUCAGUACUUUGAUCGUGUUGGCCGUUUUGAAGAGCACAUCCCAUUCGACUGGAGGACUUUGGUAGUAGCUUUGCUCGGAGUGGCCCAGCUCGUUGGAGCGGUUGCCUUCCCGUUCUUCAGCGCCGGAUUGGCAGCCGAGGGCAUCAACGAUUUGAUGUUCGCCUUCCAGAGUUUCAAGAACCCCGGGUCGUUCUCGUGGUCCACGUACGCCAAGGGUAAACUCAAAGGAUUGGCAAUAAUGGCGCUAACGGCCGGGAUUGGGGCCGCUGGGCUUAUUGCGAAAGGAGGGCAGAGCUUGAUGGGAGCAGCGAAGCUUUUGGGCCGUUUCAAUGGCACAUUAAAGGGAUGGUGGCAGCUGGGUAAACAGGUGCUAGCCAAGUGCGCUGAGGCUCUACUCUCCAGUGUGGUCGGACAGAUAGUACAAAAGUUCCUCAACUGGGCGAAAAAGUUCAUAUUAGAAAAGGUAUUAUCACGCGUAAAAUCCUACCUAUUCGAAAACCCCGUUUGCCGCCCAGCUUUUGAAAGGCUGAGAGCGUUAAUGAACGACAUUUUAAACGAAGCGCGGCGCUUUGGUCGCUCUUUGGGUGAGGUGCGCAAAUCGGUACAGGACGCAAUCGACCGAGCAUGUAACCCUGACGCUCCUUCUGCCAUCGAUGUGUUCUCUCGAAUCAAAGAUAGAGCUCUUGACAUUCGUGGGGAGAUGCUCGGUGCUUUCAGCAAUUCCACGGAGGGAUUCAUCAACGGUCAACAGAAUCACCGUAACAUUUACAAAGCAUCUUCUGGACUUCAUGGAAUUACAGAAUCAGUGCACGCCGGUACUCUUGGAAAAGUGCUAAAAUCAACAGUCAAAAUCACCGAUAGCGUAGGACGUAUCGCGAAGGAGAGUCAAAAGAUAAUCAAAACCGUCAAUCAAAUGCAAAGUGUUGUAAAACUUGCGGCUGAACCAGCGUGUCUCGUCAAGGACGUCAACGAGCAACUACAGCAAGAGCUCCGGCGACUGAACAGCAAACAAAACACGGACAACAAAAAGCAGCCGAUGGUGGAUUUAACCGAAGCGCAAGUGCGCGAAUUUGAUGGUUUUAAAACGGAAAUGUCGAAUAAAAUUCAAGAUUUGAUCAUGAAGAAGAGCCUCGAUGAGAUCCAGUCUGCUUGGGCACAGCCGGCGCUUCAAGCCAAGCUCGAAAAGACAAUUCGAGAAAAGGCAACUGAAAAGAUCCAAGCUAUGGGGCUCAUCAAAUUGCCACCAGGUGCUGAUCAACUGAGGGACGAAGCCAGUCAAUUGGAAAAUGAGGAACAAGUUGGUCUGGCUUACGAAGAAAGAAUCGAAAAGAUCGGCGAAGAGAUGGCCGGCCCGGUGGAGAAACAGCUGCUGGCCGACCGAUACGGGUGUUCGUUCGAGCUAGUCGAUGAAACAGGCGAUUAUUCUGAUGGAUCAGGAACGUUUUCUUACCAUCCGAACGGUGAACCGGGUAAAAAAAAGAUCGUGAUGAAGGUGACGCAAAAUGAGGAAGGCACAAAGCAUCUGGAGCUGAUCAUGUCGGAUGGGACGACCUACAAACACGUCCCUGGUCCUGGAGAGUCUCUCAACGGAUGUCUCUAUCACGCGGCGGCAAAGGCUCUGAACACAUCUUCAGUUGAAUUGAUCAGCGAGCUAAAGGACGAAGCGAGGUGCAAUGAACGAGUUCGGAUCAUGUACGAAAUCGGCGUAAACGAAAAAUAUAGCCGAUUGCACACCGGUGCCUAUGCUAAGUGUUCCGAUUUCAAAGUAAAACGCGAUGAGCUCGGCAGAAAGGUAACUGCGAACGCUAUUAUUACUACAGCAGAUGUUGAGACGGUAUCGGGCUCGGAUCCAAAAGUAAGAGAAAUAGUGAAGACAGGUUUUGACGGCGAGAACGUCAGUCACCUCAUUGCUAGAUGUCUAGGCGGCGAAUACAAGGAAGAAAACCUCGUUAGUUUACCCAGCAUGACGAAUCAGAUUUACAUGCGUUUUCACGAGAAAGGACUCGAAGCAUUCUGCCAGGCUCACAUGAAAGAUAAUGUUCCAAUCGCCGUACAAUUGCAAAUUCAUUACGAAAACAGUGUUAAAGACUUGGAAAAUAUGCUUACAAGUGAGAAGAAGGUUAUUCAUGGAAUCAGUUGUAUUGAACUGGAUUUCCAUCUCAAAAACGAUCCAAACAACUUUUACCGCAGUGGUCUUAUCCCGUGUCAACCAGGCAAAAGCGGAACUGUGACUGUCGGUGGUGAUACUUUCAAGAAACAUUUUUUAGAACACAAAUCAAGCCAUCUGAAGAAUGAAGGUAUUUCCAACGUGCCUAUCGACUACAAGAAAAGAAACCCAGGAGAAAAGCGCCAACAUUAUACUGAGUCUGCUGACCUUCACAGCCAUCAUCCACACAAUAGAAAAAAAUAAAGUUUUUCGAUCGAUCAUGCUAUUGACAUUCUUCGCUAUGAAAGUUCUUACUUGUGCCCGCUACGAUAAUCAUUGCUUUUGGCAUCUGCAAGCUUUUUGCAGAUGCAAGAAUCUAGUGAAAGCAUACUGGUCAAGUCUAUUGAUAUGUCGAUUGCUAUGUUGAAGACUCUAGCUUUGUUUCUUUUACAUUUUCUUGCAAUAACUUUUUAUAGCUUUUUUUUUUACUAAAAUGUAUACUAUAUCAAUCCCAGUAUCCAACAUUGGCUUAAUUAACCUUUCAAAUGUCAAAUCUGUGUGCCUUAUUAUCCGCGUUUGUUUUUGCCAUUUCAAUAAAAUCACUAAGCUAAUUUCCGAGUUAUUUUUGAAAACCAGUCACAGGGU